AUGCAGGAGGGCCAGGCCGGCGGAGGGCAGCCCUGCGCCCAAGGGGCUGAGUCAGAGCUGCUGUGGCUGGUCGUGUGCAGCGGCAGCUGUGGUGUUCCCGCUGCNGCCCUAGCAGCCUCUGCUCAGCUUGGGAGGGAUUCCCUGCUCCUGUGUGGAGCACUCGAGCUUGUGCUGCCAACAUCAGACUGUGGGGCUGCCCACGGCCUGCGAGAAGAGCCCGAGUUUGUGACAGCAAGAGCCGGUGAGAGCGUGGUUCUGCGAUGCGACGUGAUCCACCCGGUGACAGGACAGCCCCCGCCCUAUGUUGUAGAGUGGUUCAAGUUCGGGGUGCCCAUCCCUAUCUUCAUCAAGUUUGGCUACUACCCGCCCCAUGUGGACCCUGAAUAUGCAGGACGAGCGAGUCUCCAUGACAAAGCUUCGCUGCGGCUGGAGCAGGUCCGCUCGGAAGACCAAGGCUGGUACGAGUGCAAAGUGCUCAUGCUGGACCAGCAGUAUGACACCUUCCACAAUGGCAGCUGGGUGCACCUCACCAUCAACGCUCCUCCCACCUUCACAGAAACACCUCCCCAGUACAUUGAGGCCAAGGAGGGUGGCAGUGUUACCAUGACCUGCACAGCUUUUGGGAACCCGAAGCCGAUUGUCACCUGGCUCAAGGAGGGGACACUCCUUGGUGCUAGUGGGAAAUACAAGGUGAGUGAUGGGAGCCUGACGGUGACAUCGGUCAGUCGGGAGGACAGAGGUGCCUACACCUGUCGUGCAUACAGCAUCCAGGGAGAGGCAGUCCAUACCACCCACCUGCUCGUCCAAGGGCCUCCCUUCAUAGUGUCCCCUCCUGAGAACAUCACUGUCAACAUAUCCCAGGAUGCUCUGCUUACCUGCCGGGCGGAGGCGUAUCCCGGCAACCUCACUUACACCUGGUACUGGCAGGAUGAGAAUGUCUACUUUCAGAAUGACCUGAAGCUGAGAGUGAGGAUCCUGAUCGAUGGGACCCUGAUCAUAUUCCGGGUGAAGCCUGAGGAUGCAGGGAAGUACACCUGCGUCCCUAGCAACAGCCUGGGUCGCUCCCCCUCGGCCUCGGCCUACCUGACUGUGCAGUACCCAGCCCGUGUCCUCAACAUGCCCCCCGUAAUCUACGUGCCCGUGGGAAUCCACGGCUAUAUCCGCUGCCCUGUGGAUGCGGAGCCACCAGCCACCGUGGUCAAGUGGAACAAGGAUGGCCGCCCCCUGCAGGUCGAGAAGAAUCUAGGCUGGACCCUGAUGGAGGACGGCUCCAUUAGAAUCGAGGAGGCCACAGAGGAGGCCCUUGGCACUUACACCUGUGUGCCUUACAACACCUUGGGGACCAUGGGCCAGUCUGCUCCGGCGCGGCUUGUCCUGAAGGACCCCCCGUACUUUACGGUGCUACCAGGCUGGGAGUACCGGCAGGAGGCCGGCCGGGAGCUGCUCAUCCCCUGUGCAGCUGCAGGAGACCCCUUCCCUGUCAUCACUUGGAGAAAGGUAGGGAAGCCCAGCAGAAGCAAGCACAACGCUCUGCCCAGCGGAAGCCUCCAGUUCCGAGCCCUGAGUAAAGAGGACCACGGGGAGUGGGAGUGCAUUGCCACCAACGUGGUCACCAGCAUCACUGCCAGUACCCACCUGACCGUCAUCGGCACCAGCCCCCAUGCCCCAGGCAGUGUCCGGGUCCAGGUCUCUAUGACAACUGCCAACGUGUCCUGGGAGCCUGGCUACGAUGGAGGAUUCGAGCAGACAUUCUCAGUUUGGAUGAAGCGGGCACAGUUUGGACCCCACGACUGGCUGUCUUUGCCAGUGCCCCCGGGACCCAGCUGGCUGCUCGUGGACGCCCUGGAGCCUGAGACCGCGUACCAGUUCAGUGUCCUGGCCCAGAACAAGCUGGGAACGAGCGCCUUCAGCGAGGUGGUCACUGUGAACACUUUAGCAUUCCCCAUCACAACUCCAGAACCCCUGGUGCUGGUUACCCCACCACGGUGCCUCACAGCCAACCGGACCCAGCAGGGUGUGCUGCUGUCCUGGCUCCCACCUGCCAACCACAGCUUCCCCAUCGACCGCUACGUCAUGGAGUUCCGCGUCGGAGAGCGCUGGGAGAUGCUGGACGACGCCAUCCCAGGCACCGACGGAGACUUCUUUGCCAAGGAUCUGUCGCAGGACACCUGGUACGAGUUCCGGGUUUUGGCUGUCAUGCAGGAUCUGAUCAGCGAGCCCAGCAACAUCGCCGGCGUCUCCAGCACAGACAUCUUCCCCCAGCCGGACCUGACCGACGACAGCUUGGCCCGGCCAGUGCUGGCUGGCAUCGUAGCUACCAUCUGCUUCCUGGCAGCCGCCAUCCUGUUCAGCACCCUGGCCGCCUGCUUUGUCAACAAGCAGCGCAAGCGUAAGCUCAAGCGCAAAAAAGACCCUCCACUCUCCAUCACUCACUGCAGGAAGAGCCUGGAGUCCCCCCUCUCCUCGGGCAAGGUGAGCCCAGAGAGCAUCCGGACGCUCCGGGCCCCCUCAGAGUCCUCCGAUGACCAGGGCCAGCCCGCAGCCAAAAGAAUGCUGAGCCCCACCCGGGAGAAGGAGCUGUCCUUGUACAAGAAGACCAAGAGGGCCAUCAGCAGCAAGAAGUACAGCGUGGCCAAGGCUGAGGCUGAGGCCGAGGCCACCACGCCCAUCGAGCUCAUCAGCAGGGGCCCCGACGGCCGCUUCGUGAUGGGGCCCUCCGAGGUGGAGCCCGCGGCGAAGGGUCGGCGCAUCGAGGGCUUCCCCUUUGCGGAGGAGACAGACAUGUACCCUGAGUUCCGCCAGUCUGACGAGGAGAAUGAAGACCCACUUGUGCCCACAUCCGUGGCCGCCCUGAAGUCCCAGCUGACCCCUCUGUCAUCCAGCCAGGAGUCCUACCUGCCACCACCAGCAUACAGCCCUCGGUUCCAGCCCCGGGGGUUGGAGGGCCACGGAGGCCUGGAAGGCCGGCUCCAGGCUACGGGCCAAGCCAGGCCGCCUGCCCCGCGGCCCUUCCACCACAGCCAGUAUUAUGGGUACCUCAGCAGCAGCAGCCCUGGGGAGGUGGAGCCACCACCCUUCUACGUGCCAGAGGUGGGCAGCCCCUUGAGCUCUGCCAUGUCCUCGCCGCCCCUGCACACGGAGGGGCCUUUCGGCCACCCCACGAUCCCUGAGGAGAAUGGAGAGAAUGCUUCCAGCAGCACGCUGCCCUUGACUCAGACGCCCACGGGUGGGCGCUCCCCUGAGCCCUGGGGCCGGCCGGAAUUCCCCUUCGGGGGCCUGGAGACCCCGGCCAUGAUGUUCCCCCACCAGCUGCACCCCUGUGAUGUAGCCGAGAGUCUGCAACCCAAGGCCUGCCUCCCCCGAGGACUACCCCCCACCUCCCUCCAGGUGCCCUCGGCCUACCCAGGCAUCCUGUCUCUGGAGGCGCCAAAGGGCUGGGCAGGCAAGUCACCGGGCAGAGGCCCUGUCCCCGUGCCCACCACCACCAAGUGGCAGGACAGACCUCUGCAACCGCUGGUGAGCCAAGGGCAGCUGAGACAUACCAGCCAAGGCAUGGGCAUACCCGUGCUGCCUUACCCCGAGCCUGCCGAGCCGGGGGGACGCGGUGGCCCCAGCACAUUUGGCCUGGACACUCGGUGGUAUGAGCCCCAGCCCCGGCCCCGGCCCAGCCCCCGGCAGGCCAGGCGCACCGAGCCCAGUUUACAUCAAGUGGUGCUACAGCCCUCCCGGCUCUCGCCUCUGACCCAAAGCCCCCUCAGCUCCCGCACUGGCUCCCCUGAGCUGGCCGCCCGGGCCCGGCCUCGCCCUGGCCUCCUGCAGCAAGCCGAGAUGUCUGAGAUCACCCUCCAGCCCCCGGCCGCGGUCAGCUUCUCGUGCAAGUCCACGCCGUCCACGGGCUCCCCAUCCCAGAGCAGCCGCAGCGGGAGCCCCAGCUACCGGCCCACCGUGGGCUUCACCACUCUGGCCACGGGCUACCCCUCCCCGCCACCGGGCCCUGCCGGGCCUGCGGACAACUUGGAUGUGUUUGGACAGACGCCCUCCCCUCGAAGGAUGGGGGAGGAGCUGCUCAGACCAGAGCCCCCCCCACCACAGUUACCUGCUUCAGGGACACAUCCACCUGCACCCGGGAGCGCUGCUGCACCUGAGAGGCUGGAGGCGCUGAAAUACCAACGGAUAAAGAAGCCCAAAAAGUCAUCCAAGGGCUCUUCAAAGUCAAAGAAACGAUCCGACGGUCCCGCCUCCCAGGCUCAGCAGCUUCCAGACUCUCAGGUCCUGUGGCCCGACGAAGCUGUCUGCCUCCGAAAGAAGAAGAGGCAUUCUCGGCCGGACCCCUUCGCCCGCCUCUCGGACUUGUGCCAUCGCCAGCUUCCAGAAGACCAGACGGCGAUUCUCAACAGCGUGGAUCUUGACGACCCCGGCCAUGCCACUCUGCUGUGAUGACAACUCUGAGUGCUCCCCGACGGACGGUGCUGGGCCGAGGGCCAGGGCGGGUGUGAGGUGACGGUGCGGGGUGGCUUCCCCACCACUGGGGGCCGGGCCGGCCGCUACUCGGAGGGCCGCUCACACCUCUGUUCCGCCCGGUCACUCGCUAGGCAGAGCGGCUGCGUCUUCCGGACGUGGGACUGACUGGGGCAGACCUUUCGGCUGCGGGUGGAGAUCGGGAAGUGAACCGGGGACAGGGAGAUGUCUGCCUCCGCCCCGCUCUCCUCUUCACAGAUCUUUGGGAGUGAAGAGCAAAGCGGUGGCUUUCACUGCUCUCUGCUUCUGCUUCAGUUCUUUAAGUCCUGGGAGAGGGCUGGACGUCCAUCCCACCUCCCAAACUCUGCAUAUAUAUAGAUAUAGGCACACGUGCAUAGGUGUGUAGUUUGUGGCUUCUCUAUGUGUAUAUAUAUGUACAUUGAAGCGCAGUGCGGUUUAUUUCUGUGGUCAAUGGAGGGAGGACCAGGGCAGCAGUCAAGUGGGCCUCACGGUUAGGACUGGCGGGGAGCUGGCUGGGUGUCCUGAUGCCCGUCUCAGGGAUUGUUCUUCCUGAAACAGGAGUCGUGCUUCUCAGCCGAAUUCCCCAUCUGACUCUCUACCUUCUCCCAUCCAGAGCAGAGAUGGGGGCUUGUCAUGAUUUCCAGCUGCCUGCUUUGGGGGCUCAGCAAUGAGUUGCCACAGAACUAAACAAGCCUUUAUCUCUUGGCUCCUGGGUGAAGAAAGGGUGGCAGGUAAAGGGCCAGACUGGAGUCUUCCUUCCACAGUUUGGCUCAGACGUAGGAGCUUCUUAGCAGCAGGGCCGAGAAGCAGGCCCUGCUGCACAAGCUCGAGCUCAUCCCUCAGUCCCUUUUGGUCCAGCCAGGGCCAGGAGCCUUGGGGCCAAAGGGCCUUCCAUUCUGGAGCCGGCCGCUCUGAGCACCAUGCUGCUGCUGCUCUAUUUAUACCCCACCUCUGGCUCGGCACCCUCUAGAGCGCUGUUCCAAAGCUGCUGACUGGGUUCUUCCUUUCCUUUUGUGGGAGCUAAUUUCCCAGAUUGAUUAAUUGCCACUUAUGGGGAGCCCGCCGGCUGCUCCUUUCCCUGCUCUUCAAGUGCCGCCUGCAGACUCUUCUCUGGCUUGGGCCCUCCUUCACCCUGCAGGCCAGCUCCCAUGGAACGGGAUCAGACGGAGCCAGGAUGCCUCAGGUUUCCGGGGUCUGGGGUUGCUCCGGAUGCCCUCUCUCCCCCUGGUUCUAUUUAAGAGGAACUGGCUGAGGCAUGGGAGUGACGGUGGAGGGGCUCUGAGCCUUUCUCUGCCAAAAUCUUGUCUGAGUUCAAACUGUUAGCACCCAGAGCUUCUGUGAGGUCAUCUUAAGACAACUAAAGAUGCAUCUCUCUCUGCCCAAAUACAGGGCAGAGGGUGGACGGGUGCAUCCAGGCUCUCUUCCCCCCUUCUUGUGUGGGAGCUGCCCUGCUGCCACCGG